GGUUUUGCUUGUAUAUUUCGCGCAAACAUUUCGCGCAAAAUGGGUCCAAAAACACGUUCAUCUGUUAAAUCACCGAAAAAACGCAUGGGUGUGACUAAGAAGAAGUCAACGGAAGAACAAACAGUACGAAAGUCUCCUGAUUCGGCCCAUCUCGCCGCCUUAGAGCUGACAAUCACUCAACUCCAGAACCAAAUGGCUGCAUUAACAGCCUCGCCCUACAGCUUUACGGCAACGAAUUCCUCCGAUAUCCCUAAACGGUCCCCACAGCCACCAUUCAUCGACCUAUCUCAGCAGUCAUCAGGUGGGUGUCAACGUCCUCCAUCUUAUAUGGGCUUGCCCGCACUGGACAACACUCUAUCCAAGCAGCUGGCAGACCGUCGUUGUUUUAUACAUCUGCAUAAAGUCCAACCCGUGCACCGUGGCAUCGAUACGUCUACUGAGCCAUCAACUUAUGUUGCCGAUUCCGAGGGAAAGCUUAUUCCAGCGCCUUCGACCAUCAGUCGUAGAAAGAUUGAUGGUUUCAACGCUUGGCUGGAGGCCUUUUUGAUUUUCGUCCGUUACCGCAUAUUUCAUCAUCCCGAUCUUGCUCCCGGUUUUUUCGCUUACAUUGAUAUUAUUCGAGGCCUAUCAUUAACACGCCCCUUGUUAAUUUGGUUAGAUUACGACCGGCGAUUCCGAGAGCGGAUGACCUUUCCCGACUCACUGUAACCGUCGUUUAUCCACAAUCCCCAAAUCCGGCCGGUACAGUGCAGGCUCAACAGGCAGGCAAACCCGACCCAGCAUGGGUACCCCGCUUCGGCACCAACCUCCGCAACGACCACGAUUAGGCUGAUGGCCAAGAGGAGAAUAACCGGUAAAACACAGAAGAUAAUCCACAACACAGUGGCACAAAUAGUAGUGACCACACCAAGAAGUAGCAGGCCCAGUACAGAGCACCAAGAUCUCAACGAGAUUUCCUGAUUAUGUUUCGCGGGAUCAGCGUCAUCAUCGAGAUUGAAAUCGAAGCGGAACGCCGUAACGCGGCCGCAACCGGGCAGGUGCCUUUGCGUGAAUUUCGGAAGUCGCCAGUGUCGGUUGACGAAGAGUGAACCGGCAAUGGAUAAACUUAGCAUGAUGGUGGAACACACCGUGAACACAGCGCCGGUGUAUCCGAGGUUGGCUCGCGUGGAACUGAUUACAAUGUUGCUGCCGGUUAAUGCAGAAUACAACACGCUUUCGAUCGGGACUUCCUUCCAGUGUGCCAGCAUGUCAUUUAACGCG